AAUAAUUCUAUGUUGAAAAUCUUUAACAAAUUACAGAUUCAAAGUACAGCACAGGUUGUUUCCUUCUCUCUCUCUCUCUCGCUCUCUCUCUCUCUCUCUCUCUCUCUCGCACUCUCUCUCUCUCUCUCAUCCACACCCACACGAUCUCAGUGAAGCCAAACCACUUAUGAAUAGUUGACGAGUUGACAAUACUCCAGCAUCCUGUCUCUGAAGAUGGACUUUGACUAUCAAAAAAUUAAAGACGAUGAAUCUCGUCAGAGGGAGGAGCGAAUCAGCUCUCUCCCAGUCCUACAGCCAAGACCCAUGCAUCGGCAAUCUACUGCUACAGAAGCUCCAUCCAAUAUCCAGAAGCCUCCAAUCAAACCCAGACGCAGCAUCAAAUGCCGUCCCAUCACACAGCCAGGAUCAGGACAAUCAGACAGCCAGCCCAAUCAGAUGGAGAAUGAGGAACGGAAGCGAAUCGCUCCAUCUCAGGUGCUGAACCCUACAGGGCCCCUGGAUGCUCAGACUCCAUCUCUGAAGGCUCAUAAUCUGCUGUGGUUUCAGAGAACGCAGCUGCCUCGGCUGCCAAAACCCGUACCGUAUUGGCUCCAUGGCUUUGCCACACGCAGGGAAGCAGAGCAGCUACUGCAGGAUAAGCAGCAGGGCUGUUUCCUGGUGAGGCUCAGUGAGUCAAAGGUUGGCUUUGUGCUCUCUUAUAGAGGUGCAGACAAGUUCCGUCACUUCAUCAUAGAGGACGAAUGUGACACGCCUGGGACGAUAGGUCACUACGUCAUAGCUGGGGAGGAAAGCAGGCAUUACAGUCUUGAGGGCCUGAUAAACUACUAUACCCACAAUCCAGUGGGGCCUUUUAAAGAAACACUCACCGUGCCUUGCAUGCAGCCUAAUGGCAUCUCUGAGGAUGGAGCAAAGCUGGAAGGGAGAAACGAAGAAAGAGGUGAAGAAAGAGUAGCCACUCCACCAAGUAGCAGAGAAUGCCCUCCCACAGACUCCACAGGACAUGAUGUCCAUGCUGCCCCGGAGUCAGCACAGUACGCUGUGGUGAGGAAAGCACUGAGGAAGUCUCACUCUCUAUCCGAGUGCAUGACUGGAUCUGACUUGCUGCCGCUUGUCCAAGAAAAUACAGACAGAGGAACGAAAACAGAGGACAACACACUAGAGCCUGUGUUUGACAACACAGACAUGUGUGUAGGAGGAGACGUGGCCCACCCUGUGGAUGCCCCCUACGCGCGCGUCAACAAACCCCUUCGGCCAGCACGACUUUCCUCCAUCGACGACACCGAUGCCAGCGUAUGGGGUGCAUCAGCAGCCACCGAUUCUCAGUCUUUCCCCAAUGUUGCAGCCGUAGCAGAACAGAAAUACUGGGAACUGGAGCCUAUGCAUACUUACGAGGAGGCUCUGCACACACGUGCUGGUGAUGAUCAGAUUGAUUUCUACGCAGUUGGGAGGCACAGAGAAAAUGCAAGGGAUGCAGCAGAUCUCCAUACCAAUCAUGUCUACUCAGAGAUCAACAUUAAAGGGACCAGAGAUGACCCCAUAUCAGCUUCUCCGCCACUCCGGGCGGACACAACAUUUAGCUCUACCCCGUCCUCCACAAGACCUAGACUGCCCCCAAGAUUUGCCUCUAGACCUGCACAUGCUCCAGUACGACCUGAGAGUAGUACUCAGAAUUUUGGUGUUUCAGCGGUGAGGAAUUCGCCCCCUUACCAAUCUGAGCAGCCGCUGGCAGAAAACUCUGAGUUCUCCAUAUAUGAGCAGAUUCCAGAAAGACUGAACAAAUCCAGACCUCCAUUGCCGCCUCCACAACGCUGACUCCAGGUCAUCUCCCUUUGACGUCUAACCCUUUCUACUAGCAAAUACAUCUGUUUUACACUGAAUGAGAUAGCUACUCACAGAAAACGGUAACUACUGAAACCAAAAGCAAACAGCAGUCAUUCCACUUGAUGUAUAUGGUGCUGUACAUAGCAAUGCUUAACCUUAUCCUGCACAAGUAC